GCAGAAUUAUGCACAAAAUAUAAUGAAAAUUCACUAACUAUUAGGUAUAUUCAAGAAUCAUGGUUGCCAUUAAAAGAAAGCUUUAUUAGUGCAUGGGUUGAUCAUUAUCUUCAUUUGGGUAAUACAUCAACAUCUUGUGUAGAAGGUUCUCAUUCAGUAUUAAAAAAAUAUCUUCAAAUUUCAACGGGUAACUUAAAUAUAGUUCAUAAGAAAAUUUCACUAUUAUUAGAAAAUCAACAUCAUGAAAUCAAAGCAAUGAUUGCUAAAGAUAAAACCC